UAUCCUUCGGGGCUCUACGCAGGCACCUGCACCUGUUCAUGUUUGAAUGCCGUCCUGUGUUUUAGCAUUCUCCUUCCCUGCGCGGUCAAAAGUCAGCUGUAGAUAGGGAUUGACUUUUUAAGAUAAGGCUGUCAAUAGGAGGUUGUGGUGGAGAGGCGAAAAGGGCAGACUUUCGACUCUUCACUCUCUCUUCUUCUUUGCCACCAGCUGCAGCGCCUCGGUUUGUCGCUCCUCUUCCCGUGGAAGACAUGAAGAUUGAUUUUGCCCCCUUGGAAGUGCCCGUGCACCGGAGACUGCAGACGGUGGCGGUGCUGCAAUGGGUCUACUCCUUCCUCGGCCUGGCACCCACCUGCAUCAUCCUGUUCUUUUACCUGCUGUUCACCCGCUUCUGGCUGAUCAGUGUGCUGUACGCCGUCUGGUGGUUCUACGACUAUGACACCCCUGCACGGGGAGGCCGCAGGGUGCCCUGGAUGUGUGGCUUCAAAGUUUGGAAACACAUGCGGGAUUACUUCCCCAUCAAGUUGGUGAAGACGGCUGACCUGGAUCCCAGGCACAACUACAUCCUGGGCUUCCAUCCCCAUGGCGUGCUGGUAGCAGGAGCCUUCACCAACUUCUGCACCAAUGCUACAGGCUUCAGGCAGCUGUUUCCCGGCCUCACCUGCUACCUGCUCAUGUUGCCCCUUUGGUUCAGAACCCCGUUCUUCAGAGACUACAUCAUGUGUGCAGGUCUGAUUAGUUCGGAAAAAAAGAGCGCCAGAUACCCGCUCAGCAAAAGAGGCGGUGGUAACGCUGUGGUGAUAGCAGUCGGUGGGGCCCCAGAGUCCCUCGAUGCCCACCCUGGGACCUACAAUGUACUAUUGGCUAAGAAGAAAGGCUUCAUCAAAAUGGCGAUGGAGCACGGUGCUCAUCUGGUGCCAGUCUUCUCCUUUGGAGAAAACGAAGUGUUUGAUCAAGUUGGAAACCAAAGAGGAACCUGGCUUCGGUGGACACAGGAGCGGCUGCAAAGAUUAAUGGGUAUCGCCCUGCCUCUCUUCCAUGCACGUGGCAUUUUCCAGUACUCCUUUGGUCUCAUGCCCUACAGAAAACCCAUCAGUACAGUAGUCGGGCGUCCAAUUAGGGUGGAGAGAAAUCAGAAGCCAAUGGCCGAGGAACUCGAUGCCCUUCACCAGCUGUACAUGGACGAGCUCAGCAAUCUGUUUGAGGAGCACAAAGGCAACUACGGAGUGGACAAAGACGCACACCUGAGCUUUGUCUAAACGGAUUGGAUUCGAAUGCAUAUUUAUUUUAGCUCGGAGAAUUGAUUGGCUCUCCAAACUGGCCGGUUAAUUAAAGAGAAAUAAACUGCUGACACGAUGCCGUAUCGGUGGGAGCAUUCAACAACCAUAUGAGAGAAAAGCAACCAGAAUCGACACGCUUAUGUAUCCAUAACUGAGACCUCGCUGUUCAUCCAGACUGCUGUCGUUUGCCAGGGCAGUGUGGGAAACGGUUCAGAGGGACUGAUGACACACGUUUCCUCACCAUCUCCCAGUGGUGGCAUCAGUCUGGGGUUUGAGCCUUUGUGCAAGACCUGACACUGUCUCAAACAGUCAGAGGUUGCAUUUGGGUUGCAACAUCAUAUGGAGACAUUGUCACACCAAUGAAAACACCAAUGAUUUCAGGCUUUGGUAUCUGCAACAAACAGAUAAAAAAAAAUAAAAAAUGUAUACAGCACUCAACUGAAUUUUCUCUUUUGUGUCAAAAAUAUGCCCUUGAAACAUUUAAGGAAUAGUUCCACAUUUCAGUGUUGGAAAGUAUCUAAGUACCUUCACACAAAUACUGUGCUUAAGUACAAUUAGACUUUCUUGUACUUAACUUGAGUAUUUCCAUAUUCUGCUACUUUGAAGUUUCAGGUUGUGACCCCUUACAUUACAUAACAGUUCCUUGUCACAUUUCUCAUGUCUAUGAGUCGUUAGUUCCAUCCCCUCUGAACGUCUCUCCUGGUUUCAUUUCCAUAACUGUUUCAGGCCACAAGCGGUCAAAUUAUCCAGAAUUCCAUAAAACACCCCACAAAGAUUAAAGAGA